GGUGACGCGGUGGCACCCAUAGGUGCUGUGUCCCUGCGCCGACGCCGGGUCCGACAGCUCCAAGAGGCUGAAGUGGCGGCAGGAGCCCGGGCUGUACCGCCUGGAUGCGGAGAGCCUGGGGCUGUCUGCGCAGGACCUGCGGGACCCCGGCGCCGUGAUCCUGGCCUUCAAAGAAGGCGAGCAGAAGGAGAAGGAAGGCAUGCAGCGGCUCCGCCACGCCAACUCUCAGAAGGCCGCCCCCCCGGCCCCGGGCCCCCCGUCGUGCGUGUGCGGUCAGCCGGCCGGGCCCUCCAUGCUUCAGUGCCAGCUGUGCCGAGAUUGGUUCCACGGCUCCUGCGUGGCCUGGCCCCGUUUGGCCAACCAGAAACCCUCUCCGGCCUGGUGGGAAUGGGACGCCAAAUUCCUUUGCCCUCUGUGCCAGCGCUCGCGUCGCCCGCGCUUGGAGACCAUCCUGGCCCUCCUGGUGGCCCUGCAGAAGCUGCCGGUGAGGCUUCCCGAGGGGGAGGCCCUGCAGUGCCUGACCGAGAGGGCCAUCACCUGGCAGGACCGCGCGCGGGCGCUGCUCGCCUCCCCCGAGGUGGCCGCGGCCAUGGAGAGGUUGGCGGCCGUCAGGCAGAGGCUGCACGGGGACGGCGGCACCGCGCUGAGGGAGGCGAGGGGCAACGAGCAGCCCAAGGUCUCUGUGGAGAACGGUGACGCCCCCAGCCCAGAGAAGAACGGCCCCCUACCCUCAGAGCUGGAGGCGCUGAGCUGUGCGCUGCCGCGGCUGCAUGGCCCGGUGCUGGAGCUGCCCGAGGGCGCCCGGCGGCCGCUGGAGGAGCUGAUGAUGGAGGGGGACCUCCUGGAGGUGACGCUGGACGAGGCCACCAGCAUCUGGCGCCUGCUGCAGGCCGCCCGCCCGCCCCCCCUCGGCCUCUUCCGCCUCCUCCUCGAGCUGGAGCAGGCAGAGCGCCGGGGGGCGCGGGGUCGGGGUCGGGACCCCGAGAGACGCCGUAAACGCCGGGGGGAGCGGGGGGACGGCCCCCCCCUCGCCAAGGAGGAGCUGGAGCCAAAGAGGAGCCGGGGGGCGGAGGGGGGGGCACCGAGGGACAGCACCCCCCCACCCGGCCCCACCGCCCCGGGGGACUCGUGACGCGCCGCCCCCACCUCGCAUGGAGGUGCCCCAUUCCCCCCCCCGCCCCCCCCCCCUCCCCCGGGGGGGUCGGGCUGGGACAGAGCAGAGGAUGUGGGUGGAGAGAGGGGAAGGUUGGGGGGGGGGGGGGGGGGGGGGUCCACACCGUGUCCCCCCCUUCCUUCCCCCCCCCCCCCCCCCAACACUGCCACCCCACCGGGACAACCCCCACCCCUCCCCCCCCCGCGAUGUAAUUAUUUGAGUUGAUUUCUUUUGUAUUGUUCGGCCCCCCCGGGGGGGGGGAGGGGGAAAACACACACACAGGUGGGGGUCCGGGCCCCCCCCGCCCCCCCCCCCCC